AUGGCGUCGCAAGGCAGCCUCUCCGCCAGCCUGUACGGUAGCCAGUCUCAGGGCAUCGAUGGGCGCUCACUGACCCAGUCUCGCCCUGCCAACUACGUCAGACGAGCGGGCAUCGCGGCCUCCUACCCAUUGCGUGGCAUCUGGUAUUUCCUUCGGAAUAAGGAGUUCUGGCCCCUGUUCAGCGGAAGACUUCUGCCGCUGUCGCUGAUAUCGUUUUUUGUUUACUUCAUUCUCUUCACGUUUGCGUUCCUACCACAGUUUGCAUUCCUUGCCAUCUUCCACGGCUGGGGUGCCUGGGUCAACGCGGUGGUCCUAACGUUGGGGGAGGGAUUGAUCAUUAUACAGGGCCUCUUUGAAGGUUUCUUUGUCGAUGAGUGCCGAGUCGAUGUCUUCGAUGCCACCUUCAUCAAAGUUGGCUUGAAGAACCUCAUCUCCCCUCACCGAAUUCUCUUCGAAGAUGCACCGAAUGCCGUCAAGAUGCUUGGCAAACCGACAACUGCUGCGAUUUAUCAGCCUUGGAGCAUUAUUCAAAUUGUCGAGCUGAUUGUUUUCCUGCCACUUAAUCUUGUUCCGUACGUUGGAACUCCGGCCUUCAUCAUCAUCACGGGCACUAGGCUGGGCAAACUGUCCCACUAUCGGUGGUUUCAACUUCGCGGCCUUUCCAAAGAGGAGCAGAAGAGAGAAGUCAAGUCUCUCUCCUGGGACUAUGUCUGGUUCGGCACGGUAGCAAUGAUUCUGGAGCUGAUCCCCGUCUUUUCCUUCUUCUUUCUCUUGACGACGACGGCCGGAUCGGCAUUGUGGGCCGCGAGAAUUGAGGAUGAGAGAAAGAGAACGGGCAUCGACUCACUAAUUGUCAACGAAGAAGCUCCCUCUCACGCCCCGCCACAGUAUUCCGAUGACAUGGCAUGA